AUGAAACGGUUUGACGAUGCCAUGAUGAAGGACACGGAAAGCGUUGAAGACUCAGAUGCCGAUGCCGAAACACGAUCUGCUCCUGGCGAUCUCGGCGGUGUACCACAACGUACGCGUGCCACCAAAUGGAGUCAUAGUCGCCAGGCUUCACAAGGCGUUCCGUUUCGCAACGUUGAGAAACCUCGUCGGAUUCGUGACAUUCGCGACAAGCAUUGGCAGGAGAAGCAGAAUGAAAUGAUUGAAUUCGAGAUGAGUGUGCUUGUACAGGAGUCGCAGUGCGGUAUAGGGAAAUGGAGGCCAUCUCGGCUGUCAUUUUUGGGUUCGCGGAGGUGGAUGAUUAUUUUGCUGUGUUGGUACUGCGCAGUACAAGGUAUUGUUGUCAAUGGUCUCGUUCCGUCAGCGAUCUCAUCAAUAGAACGUCGCUUCAAGCUUAGUACUAGCACUAUGGGUCGCAUUGUGCAGUUUUACGAUUUUGGAUAUGUGUUGUUUUGCAUACCGGUGUCUUAUUUUGGUGGUCGGCAUAGUAAGCCGGCCGUUCUUGGUGCUGGACUUGCUCUUAUGGCUUUUGGAAGUUUAUUGUUUUCUACGCCACAUAUGUUAGCGGAUAGUUACUCAACAAAUCAGGAUAGCAAGUCUUUCGGCUCGUGCUCCAUCAGAACGCCGUGGAAUAUUUCGGACGCGGAUGCGUUGGCCUUGACGGCCAGCUGUGAGGCGGAAAAACAAAAUCAGCCAGGGACCUUCCGAUUUGUUUUCUUAUUCUGUAUGGCUCACUUUCUUCAUGGUAUAGGGGCGACUCCUUUGUUCACUAUUGGAGUUUCGUAUAUUGACGAGAAUGUGGGCAAGGCUUUGUCGUCAUUAUUUGUUGGAAUUUUCUAUUCUUUUGCCGUGUUCGGGCCAGCUGCGGGAUUCCUCACUGCGGGUACAUUCUUGACAUACCACACUGAUUUUUGGCACUUGCCAGCCGAGCAGAUUUCACGAGUGAGUGGAGAUGAGACGGAUCCGUCGUGGGUUGGAGCGUGGUGGUUAGGCUUUGUACUCGCUUCACUAGUUGCAAUGGUUGCUGUGAUCCCAAUUGCUUGUCUUCCAAAAGUCCUUCCUGAAUCUCUGAAGUGGCACAGAAACCGACUUGUGGAAACUUCGCAAGCAUCGCGCAGACGUACCCCUGAGUGUUGUGGACUUGCUGGGACGAACAAAACUGCAGCUCUUUAUAGAGAUGCUCCCUCACAAGAAGACUCUACUCUAUUGCUCACAUCAAUUACAACACGAGGAAGAGGUCCACUCUGGUAUAAACUAUGGCUGGACGUACGACAUAUACCAAUUGCGAUCUAUCGUAUUCUAACUAAUGCACCUUUCAUGUUGAUAACGCUUGCCUUGGCGAUUGAUAGUCUUGUUGUGACGGGUGCGUCUUCAUUCAUGUCAAAAUAUUUGGAACGACAAUUCAAUGUGCCACCAAGUAAUUCCAGUUUCCUCAUCGGCUGCAUCAUGGUACCAAUGGCUGGAAUUGGAUGCAUGAUUUCUGGUUUUAUAGUACAGUAUUUCCGACUGAACUGUGUAACAACACUGAAGCUCUCUGUGGGAUUGUUAUUCUUCUCGCUAAUACUUACUCCGAUGUAUCUCAUAUAUUGUCCGCAUGAUCCUCUUGUAGGCGUGGAAACGACAUAUCCUGACCGUGAUGGUCAAAUAUCUGUCGGCAAUUAUUCGGAUGUGGAACCAUCACUGCGAAGUUCCUGCAAUUCCCAUUGUUUGUGUAGCGAGUCUGAGUUUCGUCCAGUUUGUGCGGAAUUUGUGGAUGGACGGCAGCUUUCAUACUAUUCGCCGUGUUUUGCUGGAUGUUCUGAGCCGUAUUCACCUAUGCAAAAGAUUUACUCGAACUGCACUUGUGUAGUAGAAACUCCCCGUCUCCAUGUUCGUCAAGUUAAGAAAGGAUUAUGUGAGUCGAAAUGCAAAGGUCUUCUUGGCUUCCUUAUUAUUUUUGCGCCGCUUUCACUAUGUACAUUCGGUGUUGGUGUGCCAAUUAUUUCUGUGAUUUUAAGAACUGUGGACUACAAUGAGCGAUCAUUUGCGCUGGGCAUCCAGGGUAUUCUAGUACGGAUCAUUGGAACUAUUCCUGCACCAGUGUUGUUUGGAUGGAUGUUCGAUGUGAGCUGUAUUCGUUACCAGUCGGAGCCAUGCGGGGAUUCUGAGAGUGGAAGUUGCCUACUGUAUUCGAAUAAGCUACUUGCUGAUCUUUUCCUCACCUUCUCGAUAAUUGGACAGGCUCUGGCUAUGGUAAUUCUUACCAGUGUAUUAAUGGUUUAUGGUGGGACGUUACAAGAUGAUCCGUUACCUGAUGUUGCUCUGAAAGAAGUGGACCAUGUUGUCGAGGACGGCGAAGACAGAGACAAAGCAGAGACGGCAGCGCCACUACUUCAAUAG